GGCAAAGCCAAACAAGAAAAAAUCAUUUCAGUUUGAAGCCGAUUUUCCGUAAAGUCAAUGAUUCUAAAUAACAUGACAAAUAAAAUGCCGUUUUAGUGUGAAGAUCUAUAACCUCGGGAGUAAAAAUCCAGUUUUCGUUGGGCAUUUUACAAAUCAACUCACUAUUUCGAGCUUUGGAGUGGAGGUGAGCGGCCCGGUAUCGCGGGGUCAGGAUCGUAGGAUACCGGACCUCACGAGAGCCAAUCAGAGCGCGCGAUUUGAUGUAUAUCGGACCCCGGAAAAUAACUACAGAUAUCACACUCACGAUUCUACUGUUGAUAAACCAGACGGCUUACAAGCUUCUCCUCCAGGUCCCUUUUCACUUCCUGUAUUUUUCGAUAAUUCGACAGCCAUAUAUCAUUUGUCCGCAGAUGCCUUGUCUUAGUAUGGCAAAAAUACGUUGCUGUGUUGUUGAGUCGCUUCUCUGUCUCGAGAUGCAGACUGGUAUAUUCAAAGGGCUGUAAAAAGUCGGGGAAUAUGGGAAAUCGGAGGUUUUUGUUGAUAAAGAUUCUUCUAGCAUAGGAGAUAUUAGAUAUCUAUGAUUGAGCCGUUUGUGAAGGAUAUCGGUUUUAUUCCUUCAGAUCCCACUCCAAAUUCAUAGAUCCGACGCGCGCACGAAUAUCCAAUCAGAAAGCAGCAAAUAAAAGCAAGCGAAGUGCAAUCCAAAUGUCCCACGAAGUCUCACAAAUUGUACAACAUGUCGGAUGAGGUCAGUGAGUCCUGCUCGGAUUUAUCUAAAAUACAGACGUUUAUAGGGGUCUUUCUGCGACUUGGGUAAAACACAGAAACUUGUGAUGGAACAUGAUGGAAACUUGUCUUUUUGUCCAAUCUUGGUGAAAAUCUUGUAAAGAAGCAUAGAAAAAGAUGACUACGAGUUUGGUUUUUGAAUGGAAACGGCACGAAUCUAGCUCAAAAUACGAAAACUUGGAAAUGAUUAGAUAAAGCGGUGCUCUCUUCGGUAGGUACUGUGUGUUUUCAAGGCUAUUUUUGUCAACUUGCAGUGAUUUAAGUGCGGGGAAAAUAGAAGACAAAGCCGAAUUCGCUGUUUACGUCUGACUUCUAACUGCAAGUUUUAUCGGAAAACGUCAAGAUUUACAGCAAAAAUACAAACGACAGUCUCAUUCUUAUUAUGUAAUUAAAGUAAUCUAGGAUAAUAUCAAACACAAGUUUAAUGGUAGGACUUACAUUGCUCUUGUAAGUAGUUUGUUUGCUUUUGUUUUUUUACAAUUUGAGUCUCAACUCUACACUAAAAGUGGCCGGUCAAAAAACAGGGCUAGCACUUUCUACGCUGACCGAAAAAUGCUUAUUUGCUUGUCCAGAUUCGCAGAAAAAUCAAUCGCUAAAUGAUCGCUCAAACCAAUCUUUUUCGCCGUCGAUUGUCGACUUUUUGUGGGACAUUUUUGGGACCACAUGGCUGUUAUUACAUCAUCUCUUUCCUGAUUGGCUAUUCGUGCGCGCGUGAUUGACAUGUCGGAUCUAUGAAUUCCUGAAUUUAUGAUGGGCGCUUGCGCGAGGAUAUCGCUCGAACUAAGUGACGGAGUUUUGUUUUUUAUCCUCGCGCCAUUUUCCUCGCGUGUCCCGCACUAGAACGCGCGCAGAGUUUCGUUUUGCCCAUCAAAAAUAUAUUUUUUGUUAACUAAAAAAUGGACAAGACAGCGAAACCCACUGCUGUUAAAACCUCAAAGCGAUACAGCAAGAACCGAAAAGUGCUCCAGAAGAAAAGGAAAGAGAAAGGAAAGGGUGAUCCUCCGCAGUUGGGUUCGGACAGAAGCAGUCUUUAUGCUUACUUGUCACUUGUCGCUGCAGAACUGCCGGUACAAACAAAUCUCGAUACUACUGCAUCCGAUUGUUUUGUGGGUGUGCUUCUGCCCGAUACCAUACAAAGUAUUCCUCUUCCCAAAGGCGUGCCCCAGGAGAACUUUAGCUCGAUCAUCAGUCAGCUGAAUAGCACCUACAUCAACGAUUUUUCUUCAGCAACACCUUCAAAAACGGAUUGUUCUGAUCACCAACUUCCUGAUCAACAACCACAGCAACGAUUACAGCAACAGCGGAAACAGAGUCCACAGCAAAAAUUACAACAACAGGCGAUCAAAGAGCAUCUUAACGUCGUUCCCCUUAUACAUCAACAAUCUCAAAAUGAAAUAAUGAAAUCAGUGCAGCAUAGUGUUCGACAACAUCAACCGUCCCCUCAGCCGUACCCGGACAGGUCGAGUCAUACAUCGCAUGCAAGUCUUGCAAAAAGUGGUACACGUAGUAAAGGGCAAAUGUCAGAUAACAUGCCGCAAGGUUACACAUGCGCAAGUGUUAACGAUGGUGGUAUAAUAGGAGCCAUGGGGGUCCCGUAUGAAACCGAUGUUAUACCUUUCAGUCCGCAAUUCAACUCUUAUUGGAACUGUAUGGCGGCGACAAGUAACGCAACACGGACAGAAGAUGCCUCAUUGAAUAUUACUGUGACGUCAUAUAAUCAUCCGCCUGUUGCGACAGUAGUUAGUCACGCGUUCGGGGUAGCCGGUGGGGGGUUGCGCUUGUCACAUAACAGUUCUUGGCCAUGCGUGACAGCAAGCAGUGACACAGUGAGGCUCCUAAAUAACUCCUGGCCGCAGCCUGUUGGAUCGCAUAAUCCAUCAUGCCUUCCUUGGUCAUCUAUGCCAAGUAACGCAAUCACAGCAAACGGCUCACUGAUGUCACGUAACUCUAUUACAAAUCACGGAAUGAUGCUAACCCAGUCUAUUCCAAAUGGUUGCUUUAACAACAUAGCAAGCCCAAUGAACAUGCAGCAUAAUAAUGCGGGCUCAAAAUUUGAUGCGUUAUCAAACAAUAGUGUGUAUGCGCAACAAAUAACAGGACAAUCUACAACUCCUGGAUCAUCACCUAUGGGCAUUUCUAAACCUGUAGUACCCUCCGAGAACACCAUCCAGCCAUGGCAACAGAACACCGCGCAGCCAUGGCAACAGAACACAGCGCAGCCAUGGCAACACAACAUCAAGCAGCCAUGGCAACAAAAAACCGCGCAGCCAUGGCAACAGGGCACCGCGCAGCCAUGGCAACAGACCACAGCGCAGCCAUGGCAUCAGAACACCGCGCAGCCAUGGCAACAGAGCAUCGCGCAGCCAUGGCAACAGAGCAACGAUCAGCCAUGGCAACAGAACAACUUGCAGCCAUGGCAACAGAACACCGUGCAGCCAUGGCAACAGAUGCCAACGAGAAGCCUUAGCAACGCUACUCCCUGGUCUCCGCAACCAAAUGGAUUUACUGGACAACUGUGUCAGCCUAUGCGGCAGAACUGCCCUCUGCCCUAUCCCCAGGGUGUGUCAUAUUACCAGGGCAGCGACUUGAUGAGUCAUAAUGAACUCCAGCCUCAUGCCUUUUGGCAGUGAUUCAGACAAGGUUCUAGAAGUAACUUUCACGUCAAUCUCACUUUGCUGUUUAGAUGCACUAAAGCCGACCAACAAUGUUUGAUAAUUUAAUUAUAAUAUCACAUAAUAUUUAAGAAUGUGUAUUCUUUUUAAUAAUAGAUUUUACAAAUAAAUAUGAUAAGUACAC